AUGCUUUAUGAACUGCAAACACUUCAGCAUAGUCGACGAGAGCUUAUGUAUCUCUCAGCUGCUGCAAGUUAUGGUCUAUCGGGAUCUAGUCAGAUUCCUGCCUUUCCUGCCUUUGAUGAUCAGAUGAAAUAUGCUGGCACUUCUCCAUCUGUUCAAUAUUUAAAGUGUAUAUGGACCGAUUACCAUGCAGCGGUCAAGAUCUAUUUGGAUCGCAUACAGGCUUCACUCUCGGGAUUCAAACUUGCAGGUGAUCACACCUUCCGAAUCAUGAAGGCAAUGGCUCGUUUGAAAUCCGAGCCGAUUUUCGGAGCACUUUUCUCUUUAGUAAAUGAGUGGGAAGAAAUACGAGCUCAAGCCAUGGCUCUUACCAAGGGCUUUUCAAUCCUCCCCGAAAUGUUUAAACAGGUUAGUAUUGGGCUGAAAGAGCACGGACACCAGCCAACGUCUCUGUACUUCUGUGAUAACCCCCCAGCUGAACGCGACUUUCAUGAGCGGGUAACAGAAUCCCUGAAGAAGGAUGUCCAACAUACUCCAGCAAAACAGACUAUGGAACAGCUACCCGGUAUCAAACUCCUAGCAUCCGUCAAGUUCUUCAACAAUGCUAUGCUUAUCAAUGAUGCAUGUGAUGAGACACUUCAAAUUGCAGGAGGUUUAGCUUCUAAUGAAACACUAACAGUGGCGUUAUCAAUCCGCCACAAAGCACAAACACUUUGGAGCAUUCAGCUACGCAUACGUGCAAAGAUAUUUGUAUUUGAGGUUACCCAUCUCACAUCAAGUAGUGUUCCGGGCUCUCUCCGUGCUCUCCUAACUUCACCCCGUGUCGUGAAAGUGGGAUUCGGUAUUCGACAAUCUAUCAGCACCAUUGCAGCUGCCUUCGAGAUGCCUGACUUAUUAGCCAUGUUCCGUUCUCAUAGUGACCUGUUUCUCGAUCUUGGACAGCUCGCAAAGGUCAAAGGAGCAGUUCAGGAUCCAGCCAUUCCACUUUGUGACCUUGUGCAAGCAGUACUGAAAAGGCAGCUACCUGUGUCAUCAAAUAUUGCCUCCAGAUCCACCGAAACGCAGACGUCAAAUCAAUCGGUACUAUGGGUUGACACUGCAGCCAUAGAGGUCGAAGGUGUUUGGCAGGUUUAUUUAUCGUUGUCCCAGCAUCGCUCGGUUGGGUUGCAGCUUUCUCCAGCAGAAAUCAAGAUUGGUCAACUGGUUACGCUGGUUGCAGCUUGUAAGGAGGUUGCCGAAGGGGUAGUACUUGACCAUAAUGGCUCUAUCGACGUGGUCAUGGAUAAUACCGGCACACAAACGACGCUCAAAAUCACCCCCGCAUACACUCUUAUUCAGAUAAACCGAGUCCUUGUUCCUGGCUCACUUGUCAGCAAGCACAAGCAAACCAUACAGUGGAUUUCUGACCAUGGCGGGAAAGCUGUUGUACAGACUCGUACCUUGCGCACUCGACCGGUUAUUCCUCCUCUACCGGUAAAUCCACAAUCAACCUCUAUUCUUGGCAUUCCUGCUCCACCUACCUCUCCUGCUGAGUCUGAAACAAUUGUGGAUAUUGGACCGUCUCAAGAUCUUCUCCAGCGCUCCAGUCGUAAUCUAGAAAUGGAAGAAGAAGAGUCCGAUAUAGAAGACUCGGGUGGGGAAACAGAUGUAGAUUCAGAUGACAUCAUGGAGGCAAAGCUUGAUGAAAAUGACUCUGAAUCAGAAUCACUCACAUCCGAGGAGCUCAUCAUUGACUCAUUGCGGAGCGCGAGGGAUCUUCUCACUCAAGCAAGUCAUGAUAAUGAAACAGCUUGCCCAAACCUUGCCACACGUGUUCUUGAUGACGCAUUUCAUUUCAUGGAUCGCCUUCUCAAAACACUUUCAAAAAAACAUACAGCCUUCAAAGAGUUUGCACAUCAACUCAGCGAAACAAUUUUUGUACGGGAUGCAGAAGACUUGAAGCGAGUCAAGGAGUUUCUGGAUACAAAAGGGAUACCGUGGGACUAUGUUGUCCGUGCAAAAAAAACCUGGCUGAAUCGUCAUGUCCGCCGCUAUAUACCUCCCCCUGAGAAACUUGGAGCUGAUCUAACUCGUCUCUUCGAGGGCUUUAAGAACAUUGCCUGUAGCUCGGACCGCAAGAAAGGCCGGGGCCGAUUCUUCUCCAAGGAAUCUAUCAAAACUUCAGAGUCGCUAUUGGAAACUGUCCGACGUGGGUUUCUUUCGGACCCCCCAGGAAUUCCUUUGUACUAUAUCAUUGGUUGGGAUCGUGACCACCUUCCAGUGUACCGCACAAUUCGAGGAACAAACUCGAUUGAGGGUGGAGUUCACAUGUUGAUUCGCCGGAUUUUUGGUUCUCUAAAAGCAUCACCUGAACUUGCAGUUGCGCUUCUGAGCAAUUGGGUUCUCCGCCGGAAUCAACGGGUUGGCCAUUUCAAUCGCACCGGCAAGAAGUGGACAAGUCAUUUUGACAUCUGGAUGCUAGAUGAAAUCACCGAGUUAGCAAUCUCUCGCAAUGUACUUCCCUCAUUUCGGCUCCCUCGUAUGCUUGCUACUCGUAUUGCAACUUCGGAAUCUUUUUGUGUCAUCCCCAUUCCAUCCAGGCUUGCACAAGAAUACAACAUUACUAAACUUCCAGCUCGGCGAAUUGAAGGCAUACCUCACCAUCAUGACACUCCAGUCCAUAUGCUUACUCGACUCUCCACAAAAGUCACAAGCCCCUACCGCUAUCUUCAGUUGACCCAGCAAACCGUGUAUCCAGUGCUCCCGGUACAUACUCAUGCCGAGUAUAAAGAGUUCAAGCGCUUAGUGGUCGUAGCAUUUGAAGCAAUCCGCACAAAUCGUUCUUCUGCUCCACCCAGUCAAGCAUGGAAGAACAUCAAUUUCAUUCAAUUUGCGAAGAUUUGGAACUCAAAGGUCGACGCACAAGACCCUACAGUCACAGAUCCAAACCAGAGAUUGUAUUACAAGCUUCCAGAACAACUCCUACGCCAUCAUAAGAAGCUCCUGGAAUGGCAGGCAUCCAGGGCAACAAUAUCACUUGGUUCCAACGCUAUAAUGAUACAGGGCCACAUAGAUCAUCUACUAGAUCCCGAGCGAGUUUCCCGAGUCCUUCCUGCAAUUCCCCUCGAAGAUUCUGACAAAAGUCCUGAUCCGACAACUGACGGUAUUCGUGGACUCGACCUUACAUCAUUCGACCCAAUGGCCCUUCUACAGCACGACACAGAUGGUAACAAUUACUACGAUGCCGAGUUCAGCACAAUCGAGGGCCGAGAAUCCCCGGUCAUCAUAUCAGCAAAUCACGAUGGACCGGACAUGCAAGACCACCUACCUGCUACUAGCCAGUUGCCGAGAACUACUAUGGCUUCAGUACAGAGUACUCUUUCAUUUAUAGUUGCUCCUCCAGGGUCUAGUGGGUCUUCAGUGAUCGAGAAACCACGCCUCGAGAAUUCCGGAGAACAGAAGAAGCGCGAGAGGGAGUGUAUGGUUUGUCGAGCACAUAAUUGCCCAAGGGUAGCGACUUGCAAAGGGAAGGGGGGUCGUGACUUGUGUUAUAAGGGUGUUUGCAAACAUCCGAAUAUUGGAGGACAGCGGAUCCGUCGUAAAUAA